UAGUAAACAUAGAAAGCAUGGUGUAUGGCUAACCAGUGUGGGAACAAACAAGGAGAGGGUCAAAGGCACGGACAAAUCGAGUCUCCAAAACUAUUCUGGGAACCUGGAACGUACGAGGCAACCUCAUGGCAAGCUCUUAACGUGAUCACUCAAUGAAGCUUUCUCUAUGUCCAUGUCUGUCUGCCAUUAUCUUCUGUUGCUAAGAGUUACAUAUGGGAGAACUGUUACAUGUAGGGUGAACCGUAACUGAUUUUAAACCAGAUCCUUCAGAACAGACAAGAAUGGCCUAUUCAUCCCUUGAGCACCUUCCAUUCAAAGACCAGGAACUCCCAGCCCAAAUGUUGUGCCAGCUGAACUGCCUCCGGCAUGAGAGGAUCUUCACUGACAUGCUCCUCUGCACUGAAGAUCUGGAGAUCCCAUGCCACAGGAACGUUCUGGUCUCUAGCAGUCCUUACUUCCGCGCCAUGUUCUGCAGCAACUUCCGUGAGAGCAGCCAGACUAGGGUGGACUUGAAAGGCAUCAGCUCUGAGAUCUUAAGUGGCAUUGUAGACUACAUCUACACUGGAAUCAUUAAUAUAAGCAUGGAAAUAGUGCUGCCUUUGAUGCAAGCUGCAUCCAUGCUGCAGUAUGCAAGGCUUUUUGAGGCCUGUUCAGCCUUCUUGCAGGAGCAGCUGAACCCGGACAAUUGCUUGAGCAUGAUCCGCCUCUCAGAAAUCCUGCACUGUGACAGCUUGAGAGAGAGGGCAAAGGAGAUGGCUGUGCGCUGUUUCUCAGACGUGGCUGCCUCAGAGGAUUUUUGCGAACUCUCGCUGCCCGAGCUCAUGUGCUAUCUGGAGGAUGACCGGCUUUGUGCUGAGGAAGAGCAGGUGUUUGAAACCCUCUUGGCUUGGAUCCACCAUGAUCCUUUUUCUCGGCGUGGUGCCAUCCAUGAUCUCUUCAAAAAGGUACGCUUGCGGUACAUCCAUCCCACAUACCUCUUCCAGUUCAUAGCCAAUGAUCCACUUGUCCAAUCCUCCACCCUUUGCACAGAGAUCAUUGAGUCAGUGAGGCGGCUGAUGUUUUCUGUUAGUGCCAAAUGCACGCGUGAGCUAAAGCCUCUCUGGACCACACCUCGACGUUACACCUGCCGGGAGACUUUAGUUGUUGUAGGGGGUCGCAAGAACAAUGAGCAAACAUCUCGAGAAGCGCUGCUUUACGAUGAGCGUACGCAGCGCUGGCAGUGGCUAGCCAAGUUGCCCUUGCGCUUGUACAAGGCUGCUUAUGUUUGCAUACAUAGUAUUCUGUAUGUUGUUGGAGGUCUCAGCCUCAGCAUGGCAUCAGGAGACAGCACAGUUAGUGCCACGGUCUAUACCCUCUCACUUAAGACCAACCAGUGGAGGACGGCAGAACCCAUGCUUGAACCACGUUAUGCCCAUCAGAGUGUGUCUUACCUUCAUUUCAUCUUCGUUCUUGGAGGAAUAGGAGCAGAUAAACAGAUUUCGAACACAGUGGAGCGCUACAACAGCAUGUUCAACCAGUGGGAACCUAUGGCCCCAAUGCCUAUAGCAGCGCUCCAUCCUGCAGUGGCUGCCAAUGAUCAGAGAAUCUAUGUGUUUGGAGGGGAGGACUCCAUGCAGAAUCCAGUGAGAUUGAUACAGGUUUAUCACAUUUCACGCAACCAGUGGUUGAGAAUGGAGACCAGAACAGUAAAAAAUGUCUGUGCACCUGCCGCUGUCAUAGAAGACAAGAUUUAUAUCAUCGGAGGUUACACAAGAAGGAUGAUCGCUUAUGACACCAAAGCCAACAAGUUUGUUAAAUGUGAGAACAUGAGGGAAAGGAGGAUGCAUCACUCAGCUACUGUGAUCAACAACAAGCUCUACGUGACAGGAGGGCGCUUCCUGAACAGCCAUGAUAUCAUUGAGGACUCUGACUGCUUCGAGUGCUAUGACCCUAAAACCGAUGUCUGGACAUCUAAAGGUUCUUUACCAUACAAGCUGUUUGACCACGGGUCUCUGGCCCUGGUCUGCGUGUCAAAUCGACCCAAUCCACCAUGACUCAUGAAACUGGACCAAACUAAUACUUGGGUUGGCCCCCCUGUCCCAGAUAUAUUUAAUUAACAUAUCUGAGACUCUGAAAGCUUCUGUUGCUUUGUCUCAUUUGUGGCUUUGAUGGUAUGUGGCGUCUUCAGUCAAAGAAUAUUUGACUGGAUAAGUGGAAGAUUUUGCCAUGGAGUCCUGGGAGCAUGCUCAUGCUCAGGAGCGCAGAUCACAGCAGCACUUGUCUGUGCAACAGAUGCGACCCAACAUCGCUCAUUUAAGAGCUUUCUAUCACCUUCUUACCAUCUCAGACAGGUAGAAUCACCACGAACGUUCUCAGUUUACGCAAGAUAAAUAUUUAGAAUCCAAAAACACAUGAGGUAUCGCUGUGGAAAAAAGAAAACAUGAUUCUCUCCGCACAUUGUAGCGCACUGUAAUGCCAGUCAACAGCCCAUUUAAAGUCACUCAGUGACAACACAUUCCUUCAGCGAUCAAGGGGAAAAUCAUGAGCAGCUCAAUUACUGACAUUUUGCUAUGUCGCCCUGUCGUUCGAAAAAGAGAAAUUGCUCAUGUGCUGCACUUGCAUGCCUUCGGGUUGACAGGAAAACUCUUGGUUUACUUAAGAAGAAGGCUGAAUUCAAUGCAAAACAAAAGUCACAAAAAGCACUAGACCGUAGUUCUGUGAAGACAUUUAUUUGAUAUGACUUGAAUUGUGCUGCUUUUGAUAAGAAAUGUUUAUUGCAUGUCCAGAAACCUGAGUGCAAAUAUCUGUAGUGUAGCAAUGAAGCAAGAAAUAUAUAUUAUAUAUAUGUAUUAUAUAUAGCCUUAUAUCAGAUGAAUGUAUCUCUGUUCUCUGAGAGGAUUUCAGUCAAUACAAUAAUAUUUAAAUUGUUAAUUAGAUUAUUAACAGCUAAAACACACCAUCUAAGGUUAAGCAGAACUUCAGUGCUGACCUUACCUCCAGGCAUUGUGAUAUUUCUCAUAUAGCACAGCUAGUGCUUGUGUGAUUGCUGUAGUUAGUGCAAAUUCUUUUGUACUGAAAAUGUUCUAUCCGUUAUUGAGUCAGAUCCAUGAAGCCUAACUACUGUGUUGCCGGCUUACACUGCCACGGAUGUCAUUCCUGAAUUUAACUGCUCAUUUUAAUGGACUUGCUUUAAGAAAAGCCCGGAGCUCUGACCUGACGGAAGUGUGGACGCUUUAUUAUUUACAGUUAUGCAAUUUUAACACAUCGGAGUGUUGCUGUAAGUACCGUAUGCUGUAUUCCAUUUCUCUCCGACGCUCAAUGCGCCGGCUGACUCAUGUUUCCAGCACUGAAAUGGAAUCAGGCAUGACUAUGGAGGCGGUCACUCAAGACAUGAACACACUUAAUGACAUACUGCAGACAUUACAUACAUAAGUGUACUGUACAUCUUUUUUUCUCUUGUUGCUGGGUUAGGUUUUGUUUUUGUUUUUUUUUACCCUGAAUAUGUAAUUUUCACCUGGAAAUGUGGAUAUAAAGGAUUUUGGACCAUAAUUCCCUUUUAGAGUAGUUUCACUAGUUAAAACGGUAUAAACAGUGAGUACUUGAGGAUCUGACCCCAGCAACAAGAAAAGGAAUAGUUUAGUACCUAUUUUUUUCCUGAGAGUCUACAGCUUCUACUCAGAAGUUUAAGUUAUGGUUAGCCAGGGCUUAAAUUGCUUUAGCUUUUUGGUUAUUAGCUCUACUCUUCUACACUCUCUCUGAUACAAUGGCAUUCAUUUCGGGGGUUUUUCUGCAUAAUCAUGUGUAUACAUGUACUUAUUUCAUUUGACUGGUUAACAAUUUCCAGGAGGCUUGUGACGCGUGAGAGGAACCAGCAGGAGUCACCUAAUGGACAAAUAGUUAUUCUUAGUGCUGCUCUCUCCUCAGAUGAAAUGACACGGUGCAGGAUGCUUCAAAUUACUCCUCAGAUUACAUUCAAACCUUUGGCCCGCAUUUCAGAUCACAAGAAUGAUAAAGUACUCGCUGGAAUGUUUUUGGAAGAGAGCAGAUCACACACAUACAACCCCGAGGCCUUUCUUAGCUAUUCACUGUUUUAUGUGUAAGAAGAAACAAAACACUGUUCUUUGUAUGAAUCUGAUUUUCCAUUUCUUUUAUAUAAACUAUUGCUCUAUAUGGUUGAUCUAUAUUAGUCAUUUAUGUUUAGACUAAUCCACUCUCCUUGUAUCUAGUCAUAGCUUCGAAAGAUCCAGAGCGUUGGAAUAUACUAGACUGUGAUGUUCACACAUUCACAUCAGUCCUAGGUCUCAAAUCUCUGCAGGAUUUCAUGUUUACUCUGCUCUAGCACUCCUGAUCCAGCUCAUGGAAGGUUUUCCCCGAGUUGGGUUAGAUCAGGAAAACCGUGCAGGAUGCUGGAGGACUGGACUUUGACAGUAAAAUGAAAUAAGACUAGAUAACAAGAGGUUUGUAGAUUUGAAUGUGAACAUGCAUUGAUGUAAUGCUAUUUGCCACACGUGACUAAAUAAUAGUAAACAUUAUAAUAGCUCCAAAAGCAACAAAUCAACUCAAUUCAUAUUAACACAUAAAUACUUGGUGACAGGUGUCCUUCACCACUGAUGGUUAAAUUGCUGAAGCAUUGCUUGCCUUUGGUAUCUUAAGAAAUUAGGUUGCUCACAGUCCAACUCUAGAUGGCGCUUUAUCACAGGGAAAAUAGACCACAGUGAUGGAGAAUCCACCACAGGAAAGGAAAAUGAUGUCCCAGUGGUGGCCCACACAAUAUUGUGUAAUGAUGCUAAGGAACUCAUCCCAAUCCGAUCAUCUGAACUCAAAUCCUCCCAACCACCAAUCCUUAUAAAAGAUUAGAGUGCUAUUAUAAUCUUUACAUGGUAACCAGAUAAAUAAUCAUUUAUAAUGUUAUAUUCCCAUAGAAUAUCAGUAGGCAGUGUCCAUUUGAAGGCCAGUAUCCUUUCAAACUCAACAAGCAGUGGCACACCAUUCAUUGUUUUGUUUUUUUUCCC